AAUCAGUGACGUCACCGCGCGUUGCCUUCAGUUGUUUGUAAACGUCCGGGAGAAGCAGCCGUCGCUAGCUUUUUUUUUUUUAGCUAGCCGUUUGGUGAUUGGAGUAAUGGAUUAAUUCGCCGAAUAUCUGAAGAAAACCCAGUGACAUUACGUUAUCUAAGGAAUUUGAUAACUGUAGUGGGUAGUCAUCAUAUGUCAGCGCGCCAGAGCAGCGCAAGUUAGGGACAGCGGGGAGGCUAACGUCGUUAGCUGGCUAACGUCAGCGAGAACUUCGUGAUAACGCGCAGCAGUCAUGAUGGAGUCCAGUUACAACGCCAAAGACGAGGACGGACACAUCCAAGUGUCCGGGCCUGGCGGCGGUACUCUGCGGAGCAAGAAGCCCGAAAACACCGCGUUCAAACAGCAGAGACUUCCCGCGUGGCAGCCCAUCCUCACCGCGGGCACCGUCCUCCCUGCCUUCUUCAUCAUCGGACUCAUCUUCAUCCCCAUCGGCAUCGGCCUGUACGUAACGUCCAACAACAUCAAGGAGUUUGAGAUUGAUUACACUGGAGUCGACAUGUCCAGUCCCUGCUUCAACUGCUCCCAGAACUUCAGCUGGAACAGCACGAGGCCGUGUACCUGCACAAUACCCUUCUACCUGGACCAGCCAUAUGAAAAUAAUGUCUUCAUGUAUUACGGCCUCUCCAACUUCUACCAAAAUCACCGUCGCUACGUCAAGUCAAGAGAUGACAGCCAGCUGAAUGGGGACAUCAAAUCCCUCAUGCAACCCAGUAAGGAGUGCGAGCCAUAUGCCUAUCAUGAAAACAAGCCAAUAGCACCAUGUGGGGCCAUCGCCAACAGCAUGUUCAACGACACGUUGGAGCUGUUUUACAACGAGCCCAAUGGAACAAAGACUCAAAUUCCUCUGACAGCAACGGGAAUCGCCUGGUGGACAGACAAGCAUGUGAAGUUCAGGAACCCGGGAGAAAACAACCCAAACCUCACAGCAGUUUUCCAAGGUACAACGAAGCCGGUGAACUGGCGCAGGCCUGUCUACGAUUUAGAAACCGACCCACAGAACAAUGGCUUCAUCAACGAGGACUUCAUCGUGUGGAUGAGGACGGCCGCUCUGCCGACCUUCCGCAAACUCUACCGCAUCGUUCACAAGAAGAACAACAUGGUUCCCACUCUGCUCCGAGGAAACUACACCCUGGAGGUCGUCUACAAUUAUCCCGUUCGCAGCUUCGAGGGCCGGAAACGAAUGAUCCUGAGCACCAUCUCCUGGAUGGGAGGCAAGAACCCCUUCCUGGGCAUCGCGUACAUCACCGUGGGCUCCGUCUGCUUCUUCCUGGGCGUCGUGUUGUUGAUCAUCCACCACAAAUACGGCAACCGCAACAACAGCGCCGACAUCUCCAACUGAGACACCGGCUGCUCUCCAGCUCACCUCCGCCGCAGCGAACAGUGAUCCUGAGACACACGCAGUGUUCAGACGGGCAGAAAAAUUCCCAAAUUUAAUAUCCGCAGUAAUUUCUCCAGCAGUCAAACAUGAAUUUCGGGGUUUAAAAAAACCCCUUGACGAUGGGGGAUUAUUUGCCAAAGUGAAUGGAAAAGUAGCCAAACAUUAGCAGCAGCAUUCAACCUCUAACAACAUUUGCAAAUAGGUAGCGGGUAUCAGACUGAUUAGUCACGUGAUCAACUACCUUUAGCAUCAAAAUAUAUAUUCACAUAGUUCCAAUUCAGGUCUGGAAAGAAAUUCCCGGUCAGGACUGUUUUCAGAAUCGCACAAAAGCUGUGAAAUGAAAAUGACUGCAGUUCUUCAUCCUGUCGUCCGUCCCGUUUGUGGAAAACCCGAAGAGCAGUUUACAGUCUACAAUUACACAAAAAUUAAAUGUUGGCCAUACAAAAUUUAGCAUUGGAUUUUUUUAGGCCUAUGGUAGAAGAAUAGUUUGAAAUUUUUGGGAAGUGUCCCUAUCUGCUUUCUAGCGGAGAGCUCGAUGAGAAGAUCGAUACCACUCUCAUGUCUGUACAAUAAACAUGAAGCUACACCUCAGCAAGCUCCCCGUUUCUUCCCCGUUUCAGUGCUUUGGACACCUUAGGCGCAUAGCGGUGACUGAAAAUCACCUUUUUUACAGUUACAGUCUUAGGCGCUCCAAAGUAGGGGGGGGGGGGCAGCUGUCCCUCUGUAGAUCCGCUCCCGCUCUCAUGUCAUAUGUAUUGUAGAAAGGGUUAUCGUUCAGCGCAGUCACUCCCCCUAUGAAGUGAUACCCUCUUAGCACAGCCACACGUCAAGAACAGUUCAGCUGAAAAUCACACAAACCCGUCAGAGCCUCAUGUACUGUACGUAGGUUAAAUGCUGGUGUUUCGUCAGAGCAACAGCCUAAAACGUGACGACCGGGUGGUAUCUCUCUCCCACAGCUCAACAGGGAAACACUGUCCGGAAAGAAUAGGGGACAAUUUAUUACUAAAAAUACAGUAACUCUGGAACGAUGCCCAUUUGAAUCGUCUAACUCAGACUGCUGAAGCCUCAUAUUAGCGUCAACUUAAUUUCAGCUAUUUGUUGCAGCCGUAUUUGUUCUACAGGGGACGGGACGGGAGGUAUGAUUACAACUCUUCCAAAAUACACUCAACAUCAGACUAUUACAUUAAUAUAGACUUAAAAAAAAAUCCAAACUAAUUUUGAUCGUUUUUUAAGAGUUAAUCCCAAAUUUGACUGCUUUUAGGCCAUAAGAAAAACAAAAUGAAUACAUUUAUUUAAUAUUUUCCACUAGAAUUAUAUCCUGGCAUCAAAGUGCAAUGUCAUUUUGCCCGGUCGCUAUCAGCUAAAUCUCAUUAAGGCCCAGAAAUAAUUCUCAAAUCUUGGUUAAAAAGAAAUUCUGCCCAGGAAUGAAAUUGAAAAGUGGGAUCUAUGAGGUGCUGAUGGUGCAGUUGAGGUGAGCUGGAGUCUUGUUCCUGUAAGUCCUGAUGUUGAUGUGAUUGUCCAGCUGCUCCCGCGGCUCGUCUUUGUGACUCGUUUCGUCUGUAACACGGUCCUGCUUUUAAACUAAAAUCAAGCUUUUACUGAGUCGAAUCACUUUAAAACGUGCUGAGCGAGUUCCGCGUCAGCGGGAACACGAAAUGUUUAGAAUGUUGGAGCUGCACAAAUAACGUUUAUUUUUUUUUGUAUUUAUUUUAGAGUCCUAAGAAUGUUUGCCUUGUAAAGCCAGUAUUUGCACGCAAGACCUCAGGGGGUUUGAGUCUAAAGUGGGUUUGAUUUGAGGAAGUUUAAGUGUGGCGAGUGUGCACUGCAGAAAAAUGUAUAUUAACACGGUGUCGUAGCUUCGUUCAUUGUCGUUUACAUGCAAUAAUAAAAGAUUAUCAAGACG